CCCUCAUUCUCCUCCUCUUUGGCAUCUCCUGCCUUGCUAAAUCUGGAACUGAGGUUUUGGGGGUUCUUAAAUUUUUCUCUGUCUCCCACAGAUGAAAAGAGAUCUGUGAUGGAGGUCAAAGAGGAGAACUUUCUAGAAGAAGGCCCUGAGCCAAGAGGAGCGCUCAAGGCUUCUCCAGGACGAUUGGCCAAGAAUGUAUUCUUCCAAACUAUGGCUCAUGAAACAGGAGAUGUAUGGGGCGUAGCAAAAGAAAAUGAAGCACAUCAGAUAUUGGGGGCAAGUGAUAAGAAUCUGGACAUGAAACAGAAAGUUGGAAACCAGGAAGAAAACAAAAAGGAUAAAAGAAGCAGUAAUUACGUUGUCUGUGAGAAUGGUGACUACCAAGAAACAAUAUACAAAGGAAAGAGAAGAAUUGAAUGCUCUGUCUGUGGGAAAAGUUUUGCUAGUAUAUUAACUCUUAAAGUGCAUUGGAAAACUCAUACAGGGGAGAAACCAUAUGACUGCUUGUUGUGCGGAAAGAAGUUCGGUCAUCCCUCAACUCUUACUGUGCAUCAAAGAACCCACACGGGAGAGAAACGUUAUAAGUGUUUGGAAUGUGGAAAGAGCUUUAUGCGGAGUACAAACCUCAUUAUACAUCAAAGAAUUCACACAGGAGAAAAACCAUAUCAGUGUAUGGAUUGUGGAAAGAGCUUUAGUCAAAAGUCAAGCCUUAACAUCCAUCAAGGAACACACACAGGAGAGAAACGGUACAAAUGCUUUGAAUGUGGAAAGAAGUUCAUACAAAGCACAACCCUCAUUUUGCAUCAAAGAAUCCACACAGGAGAAAGACCAUAUAAAUGUCUGGAAUGUGGAAAGAGCUUCAUUGUGAAGUCAAGCCUCACUCUUCAUCAAAGAAUUCACACAGGAGUGAAACCAUUUAAGUGUCUGGAGUGUGGAAAGAGCUUUAAUGAAAGUACACGCCUUCUCAGACAUCAAAGAAUUCAUAUGAGGGAGCAAUCAUUUCAAUUACUCGAGUCUGGAAAAGGGUUCAGGCGGAAUGCCAAUCUCAAUGUACAUCAAAGAACCCACAAGGGAGAAAAACGAUAUAAAUGUCUGGAAUGUGGAAAAAGUUUUAUGUUGAGUACAACUCUCAUUAUACAUCAAAGAAUCCACACAGGUGAAAAACCAUAUACUUGUUUGGAAUGUGGGAAAAGUUUUAUGCGAAGUACGACCCUCAUCGUACAUAAAAGAACCCACACUGGUGAAAAACCAUAUAUUUGCUCAGAAUGUGGAAAGAGCUUUAUGCAGAGUGCAAACCUCAUAAUACAUCAAAGAACCCACACAGGCGAGAAACCAUAUAAAUGUUUGGAGUGUGGAAGGAGUUUUAUCCAGAACUCAAGCCUUACUGCCCAUCAACGAAGCCACACAGGAGAGAAAAUAUAUGAAUGUUCAGAAUGUGGGAAGAAGUUCACACGGAAUGCAAAUCUGAUAAUACAUCAAAUACUGCACACAGGAGAGAAACCAUACAAAUGCUUGGAAUGUGGAAGGAGCUUUACUUUAAAUAAAAGGCUUAUCAACCAUCAAAGAAUCCACACAGAUGUGAAACCCUUUAAAUGCCUGGAUUGUGGGAAAAGCUUCAGCCACAGCAUAACUCUUAAGAGACACAAAAAUAUUCAGACAGGGGAAUGUAAAAGGAGCUACAGUCAGACACAAAGCAAUGCAAGAUCUCAAACCAAGAAGAAACCGUAUCAGUGCCUGGAGUGUAGAAGUUGCUUCAGCCACAACUCUAACCUUAUUAGACAUCAGCUAAUCCACACAGGAGAGAAGCCAUUUAAAUGCCAGGAAUGUGGAUCUUGCUUCAGCCAGCACUCAAACCUUAUGAGACAUGCACUUCUUCACACUAGCACAGGAACUGUGGAAGAACUUCAUCCCAGCCUCCUCGUUCCCCUACAUACCAGCACAGGAACUUUGGAAGAACUUCAUCCCAACCUCCUCGUUCCCCUACAUAUCAGCACAGGAACUUUGGAAGAACUUCAUCCCAACCUCCUCGUUCCCCUACAUAUCAGCACAGGAACUGUGGAAGAACUUCAUCCCAACCUCCUCGUUCCCCUACAUAUCAGCACAGGAACUUUGGAAGAACUUCAUCCCAACCUCCUCGUUCCCCUACAUAUCAGCACAGGAACUGUGGAAGAACUUCAUCCCAACCUCCUCGUUCCCCUACAUAUCAGCACAGGAACUGUGAAAGAACUUCAUCCCAACCUCCUCGUUCCCCUACAUACCAGCACAGGAACUUUGGAAGAACUUCAUCCCAACCUCCUCGUUCCCCUACAUACCAGCACAGGAACUUUGGAAGAACUUCAUCCCAGCCUCCUCGUUCCCCUACAUACCAGCACAGGAACUUUGGAAGAACUUCAUCCCAGCCUCCUCGUUCCCCUACAUACCAGCACAGGAACUUUGGAAGAACUUCAUCCCAACCUCCUUUCAUCAGGCCUUUUGGAACCUUCACUUCAGGACAGAAGCUGUUUCCUGCCUCUCCCCUCCCUAGGACAGCUCGGCUUUUGUUACAGUGGCUGGGAAGGAGCUGGGUGUGGUGCUGUUUCAGAAGGCGGCUGUGUGUUUCACCAAAGCAGAGUGCUGAUGGAUCCGGACCAAAAGCUUUUGCACUGGGAAGUCAUGCUGGAGAAUUAUGCGAACAUGGCCUCUUUGGCAGGAGAUAUGUGGGAGAGAGAAAAAGAAAAGGAAGAGCAUCCAUUGAAGGAGGAAAGUGAAAUUUCUCCAGAUUUUAAAAAGAAUUUUGGAGAUGUAGAUGGAAAGAAAGAACAGGAGGAAAACCAAACAAAUAAAGGCAGAAAUAAAUCUCAGAAUGACUUCCCGGAAUUUCUGCCUCUUCAAACAAUUUACAACAGAAAGAGAAAGAAUGAAUGUCCUGCUUGUGGGAAAAGCUUUGCCACCAGGUCAAGCCUUAAAGUGCAUUGGAAAACCCACACAGGAGAGAAACCAUAUAGCUGCUUGCAGUGUGGAAAGCGAUUCAGACAAAGCUCAACUCUCACUUCCCAUGAAAGAACCCACACAGGGGAGAAACCAUAUAAAUGCAUGCAGUGUGGAAAAGGGUUCAGUCAGAGCAAUUAUCUUGUUUCUCAUCAGAGAAUCCACACAGGGGAGAAACCCUAUUCCUGCUCAGAGUGUGGGAAAAGUUUCAGUCACAGGUCAAACCUGACAACCCAUCAGAGAAUCCACACAGGGGAGAAACCAUUUAAAUGCCUGGAAUGUGGAAAGAGCUUCAAUCACAGCUCAACGCUUACUUCGCAUCAAAGAAUACAUACAGGAGAGAAGCCGUUUAAAUGCCUGGAGUGUGGAAAGACCUUCAAUCAGAGUGCGAAACUUAUUAUCCAUAAAAAAAGUCACAUGAGAGAAAAACCGUUUAAAUGCCCUGAGUGUGGGAAGGGUUUCUGUCAAAGAAGAACCCUUACAGCUCAUCAAAGAACUCAUACAGGAGAGAAACCGUAUAAAGUCAUCAAAGAUAAAAAGAGAUUCAGUCAGAACCUUGCAACCCAUCAGAGUACCCACGUAGGGGAAAAAGCAUUUAAAUGUCUAGAAUGUGGAAAGUGCUUCCGUCAAAGCACACAUCUUACUUCCCAUCAACGAAUCCACACAGGGGAAAAACCUUAUACUUGUUCAGCGUGUGGAAAGAGUUUCACUCAGAACUCAAACCUUAAAGCGCAUCAAAGAAUCCACACAGGGGAGAAACCAUUUAAAUGCCCAGAGUGCGGAAAGAGCUUCAAUCACAGCACAACACUUACUUUGCAUCAAAGAGUACACACAGGUGAGAAGCCAUAUAAAUGUCUGGAGUGUGAGAAGAGCUUUGCUCAGAGGUCACAUCUGAUUACGCAUGAGAAAAUUCACACGCAAGAAAAACCAUUUAAAUGCCUUGAGUGUGGAAAGAGUUUCAGUCAAAAAUCAAAACUUAUAUUCCAUCAAAGAACCCACACAGGAGAAAAACCCUAUAAAUGCUUAGAAUGUGGAAAGAGGUUCAGUCAGAACACAAACCUUGCGUCCCAUCAAAGAAUCCACACAGGGGAAAAAGACUUUAAAUGCCUGGAGUGUGGGAAAAGCUUUACUCAAAGCACAUAUCUUAUCAGACAUCAAGAAAUCCACGCAGGAAAAAAAUCAUAUAAAUGUUUGGAAUGUGGAAGGGCAUUUACUCAUAGUGCAGGUCUCAUUCGACAUAAAAAGAAUUUCCACAGCGGAGAAACUUACGGAGAGAAGAUGGCUGAGGAAAAUGCUGCAGGCCCGGAAGGAGCACAGGGCCCUUGUUCUGUUGACAUCAGGAGCAGAACAGAAUACUGGGAAAGGACAGUACAGAAGAUCUUAGGUGAAGAAACCACCAGCUCUGAUGUCCAGCGCCAGCACUUCAGGCGGUUGCGCUAUCAAGGGGCCGAGGGCCCCCGAGAGUUUUGUGGCCGACUCCGCAAUCUUUGCCGUCAGUGGCUGAAGCCAGAACAAAACACGAAGAAUCAGAUCUUGGACUUGGUGAUCCUGGAGCACUUCCUGGCUGUCCUGCCCCCAGAGAUGGAGAGCUGGGUCAGGGGAUGCGGGCCAGAGACCAGUUUUGAGGCGGUGGCCCUGGCAGAAGUCUUUCUCCUGAGUCAGGCAGAGGAUGAGAAGCUGGAGGGACAGGUGCAGUGCCUGCCGGUAGAAGCGGCUCCUAAUAUCUGUGUGACACAGAAUGCUCCAUCGGACAGUGGGCAGAGGCUGCUGUUCAAGGGAAUUUUGCGGGAUGAGGACCAAAGGACCGUCUUGCUGGAUGGAGGAACGUCCCCAGCGAUGCAACCUGUUCGUGUUGGAGGCGAAGUGGUUCCUAUGCAGCCGGAUCACGGUCUAACAACCUUGGAGGAGGUGUCUGUGCAUUUCACCGAGGAGGAGUGGGCCCUGCUGGAUGCAGGCCAAAGAGCCCUACACAGGGAAGUCAUGCUGGAGAAUUAUGGGAUGGUCGCCUCUCUGGAGGGUGAUGUGCGGGAAAGCAAGAAUGAGGGAAAGCCAAGUGCGAUUCCGUUGGAUAUCGUCAGAUUUAAUGGAGGAGAGCAGCAGAGGAGGAAAACAGAAGUGAAACGGAAGAGGGAGAACAAACCAUUUGCUUUGCAGGGUGCUAAUUUCCAUAAAGUCCCAAUCCGAGAAAAAAUGGAUGAAGGAAAGGAAAAGAAAGGUGAUAUUUGUGGAAACAACGAGAGAGACUCUCACGAGGUGUCAUUGGAAGGAGCAGGAUUCACCGAAGAGGAGCCGAUGUGGAAAAUCAAAAUAAAACAAGAAAUGGGGAGUGAAUCCUCUGCUUUUCAGGGUGGCGACUUCCAGGAAAUCCCAGUCCAAGAAAAAAUAGAGAGAGAGAAAGAAAGGACAGGUUGGGAGAGCCGAAGUGAGGGUGAACCACAGCAGAUAUCAUUGGAAGGAGUGGAAUGUACAGAAGAAGACCAUCCGUGGAAAAUUGAAAUAAAAGAAGAAAUGGGGAGUGAAUCCUCUGUUUCUCAGGGUGGUGACUUCCCUGAAAUCCCAAUCCAAGUUAAAACAGGGAAGGGAAAGGAAAGAAGUAAGUGCCCAGUGUGUGGGAAAAGCUACAGUUGUAAAUCGAGUUUUAAUGCUCACUGGAGGAUCCAUACUGGAGAGAAUCUGUACGAAUGCCUAGUUUGUGGAAAGAAUUUCAUUCAGAGUUCACACCUCACUUCACAUCUAAGAAUCCACACAGGGGAAAAACCAUUUCAAUGCUUGGAGUGUGGAAUGAGCUUCAAAUGGAAUGAGCAACUCCGUUCACAUAAAAUAGUCCACACAGGCAAAAAGCCGUACCAAUGCAUGGAAUGUGGGAAGAGCUUUAUUCGCAGCACACACCUUACUUCACAUCAGCUAAUCCACACAGGAGAGAAACCAUACAAAUGCAAUGAGUGUGGAAAGAGCUUCAUCCGGAGUACUGAGCUGACUAUCCAUCAGAGAAUCCACACAGGAGAGAAGCCAUAUCAGUGUUUGGAGUGUGGGAAGAGCUUCUCUCAGAGCACCAACCUCACUUCGCACAAAAGAAUCCACACUGGGGAGAAACCACACAAAUGCCUCGAGUGUGGAAAGAGCUUCACUCAGAGAUCCUACCUUAGCAGACAUCACAGGAUUCACACAAAGCCCUACAAAUGCUCUGAAUGUAGCAUGAGCUUUUGCGAUGAAUCAGACUUUAAAGCGCAUCAGGUCAUCCACACGGGGGGAAAUCCUACGAAUCCAAGAUAUCUCUGGAGUGUGGAAAGAACUUCAAGUUCUGCACAAAUUUUACUUCAUAUUGAAGGACUGACACCUGUCUGGAAGCAUGCGGACAAUCAGACAAAAACUUUUCCGACCGAUCAGCCUUUAAUCUCUGUUACAAACCCUAAUUUUUAUUAGUUUGUUCUUUUUAUCUCCUCCCCUAAUUGUGCAGGACAAAGCUCUCCCUUGCCUUCUCUUUGUCACAAACCUGUUUCCUAGGAAAUUCCUUUGUGUCUACUCCCUUGUAAUGGGAACUCAAAAUCCUUCCUGCCCAAAGGAAGUGCAAAAGCAGCUGAGGACACCUUGGUUCCGCCUGGUGUUCUCAGGUGCCUGCUCGGAAGCCAACUGCUCGUUACAUCAGGCUUCACUCCUGGUUUGCGUAGUCCUCAUCUGACUGACUAGCUGGUUUCUUACGUAAGGAGCCAUCUACUCCACCCAAGGAGGAAAGUGUGCUUUUUGUUACUUACAAAGAGUGUUGGAGGGGGGAUUAGACCUGUUCUUGAGCUUCUCCACAGAUAUAGAGGACUUACCAUUUCCUGCUUCACCAUUCUUGAAACACCAUCUUGAAAUACCUUGAACGAAGAGACUACGAUUAUAUAAAUGCACUUGAGCUCUGUCUGACUUUAGAUAUCUGUUUGUAUUUUUCUAUUUUGAUAACCCUUUUUGGCCAUUUUUGAACUUUUUCUGCUUUCUACCUAUAAAUACCGUAUAGAUUCUGAUUUCCUUCUACAUGAAAUACUAUUUUAAAGAAAAACCUUUUUACUGUACGCCCAUGUUCAGGAUAUUCAAAGAGCACUCUCCUCGCCCACGUUAACGUAUUUAAUCCUGCUACCAGGUUGCUUUCCCUAUUAAUACUGCAGUUUCAGCCCUUUACAAAAAACGAGAAUAGGUAUCUUCAGUAACCAAGUGAAGGGCAGAGGUAGUGUGGCCACUUGGUUUUAAAUGGUUGACUGUUAGUGGAAGAAAGCUGGACGUAGCGAGGCAGAUGUUUUGGUGGAAAUUUGGGGCGAAAGGAACUCUGCACAUGCUCGGUGUUCCAGAUCUCCAUAAAAACCAAGAGAAUUUGCACAGAGGAAAAAACUGUAUUAAGAAACGCCCAAAGUUUAGCAGUGACUCCUUUCAAUGUAUAUUUUCAGCAAGCAAGAGAAACAAACUUCAGUCAAAGCCUUUAAGAAGUCAAAGUAAACUUGUGAUGUGGCAGUUCUCUGAUCGCUUAUGGGGAGUUGUCUUUUAUGAUUAAAAUCUCAUAAAGGAUAUUAUGAGCUAAGAAAACUCUAGAAAAGAGCAGGUUGAAUAAUUAUCGAGAAGCUAGCAUGAGCCGGUGUGGCAUGCUGUUGGACUACGAUUGGGGAAACUUGGGUUCGUAUCUUUACUUAGCCAUGAAGCUUGGGCCAAUCUUUCUUUCUCAGCCUAACCUACCUCACAGGGUUGUUGUGAGGAUAUAAUGUAGGAAAGGGGGCAGAUGUAUGCCAUGCUGAGCUCCUUGGAAGAAUUUUUUUUUUAAUGUAAUAGAGUUUUUGCGCUUUUUAGUUUAGAGAUGAGAUGUGCUUGAGGUUUUAUGAAGCAGUGAGCAGUGUUUAGAGAGAGGAAAUGGCAAAAUAAAAAAUCUUUCCUUCCCGUCUCACAGCUGGGGCUCAUGUUUAUCCGGUGAAAUUGAUGGGAAUUGGAAAGGCAGCACUUCUUUGUACGGUGUGUAAUUAACUUACAGAGUUCAGGACUGCAAGACAGGGUGGGGGCUUUAAAAGGGAGUUGUUCAAAUUCUAGAACUGGCCCUGCCAGUGAUUCAUAGCCAUGAUUGCUCAAUGAAUCCUCCAUGUUCAAACACAGUAUAUCUGUGGUUGUUGGGUGCUGAGGAUGAGCAAGAGGAAGGGGAACUGCCUUCCAGUCCUUUCUUCACGGCUACUGUUACGUGGUAGAAUAAAACGCUAUUCUGACGUGGAGUAUCCCAUUUAAUUUAGUGCUUGGUUAAUAGCUAGAUGGUUUUAUGUCGGUAUGUUAGCACAAUUUAUCUGCUUCACUUGGUACUAAAGCUUCAUGUAGGAAGUAUUGUAGCUAACAGUUUGACCUAAAGGGGGAACAGAAUUUUCCCUGUGCAACAUUGGAACUGCGUGGAUCUCUGCCUUACAAAUUGACCUGCCCAGGUAUUGAGGUUUUUA